AUGCCUCGCAAAGGAUCCAAGAGGAGAAAGACACGCACCCAUGUCAGUUGUCGUGCUCAGCUCUGCGUGGUGAUCCUUGGCUCUCUACUCGCGAGCGACGCAGCGCGCGGCUGCAGUGCUGCGAACUCGUUCAUCCCCCCCUCCCCUCCCUCACUCGCCCACAUCCCGCAGCCCGCAGCCCGCAGCCCGCAGCCCGCAGCAGUCGGAUCGGAUCGCAAUCGCAUCGAUCUCACCGCCGACGAGUCGCAACGGAGACCGCGCUCGCGCACUUGCUCACCAAAGUCACUCGUCAUCCUCACAGGUCAAAGCAGGUACAGCAGGUACCUCCGCCGCCGGGUCGGACGGUCAUGGCCCCAAAGUCCCAAAGUCGUUCGUCGUAAAGGCGGGCGUCGUCGGCAACUCGGUCGCGGCGCUCAGCCACGACCUGCGCAAAGUGCUCGAACCCAAUACCGCUUCUCGGCUGCGGGUCAGUUCAAUUUCACUUGCCAUACAACUGGCUGGGUUGCCGUUCUGUUUCGACCCGUACCUGCUGUUCCGGCGCUUGACGUUGGCUGCCUUGCCCUCUCAACUAAAACUAGGAACGUAAAUCCAACCGAUUGAGGGACUACGUCUCCAUGUCCGGACCGCUCGGCGUGACCCACCUGCUCGUCUUCUCGCAAUCUUCCUCCUCCGGCACCCCACUUGCUUCGACCUCCGCAGCGUCCUCGGCCAAGGAGAACGCCGCCGCAGAGAACGACCGCAUCGAGCAGAGCCUCGUCCAGGGCACCACCACCCUCAACCUCAGGCUGAUCCGACUGCCGCGAGGACCGACGCUCAGCUUCAAGGUGCUCAGGUACUCGCUAGCGAGCGACAUUCUCAGGAUGGCCAGACGACCCCGAGCGAUCGGCCGAGAGUUUGCUCAAGCUCCCCUGGUCCGUGCACCUCGCCAUCUCGACGACUCUCUAGCUUUGCUCUCGGUCAGGCACUGAAGCGCCCCCGUCUUUUCCCCCCGCAGCUCAUCCUCAGUGGAUUCGGUGGGCCGGACAAGCAGCUUCAACUCAUGACGACCGUCUUCCAAAACCUGUUCCCGCCCAUCCACGUCCAAUCGGUGAGUACGGUCGCCCCUCCACCCACGCUUCAUCGGGCUGAUUCAUUCCUCUCCAUUCCAGAUGCCCCUCUCCUCCGCCCGCCGCGUCGUCUUGCUCUCGUACAACGCCACCACGCGUACGAUCGAUUUCCGCCACUACGUCAUCUCGGUCCGACCGAUCGGCAUCUCGAAACCGAUUCGGCGCAUCAUCGCCGGGUCCUCAUUGAACAAGAUCACCGUCUCGUCGAACAAACGACCCCUCGGGCUCUCCGAUUCGGAAGAAGAGGAACACCCAUCCGAUGCGGACGACGGUCAAGACAAGACGCGCUCGGGCGUAGGUAAAGGCAAAGGUGUUCUGGACCUUUCCAAAGCGCAGGACAUCGCCGACUACAUCCUUCGCCACGAAGGCAUGGGCUUCGUCGGCACCUCGGAUUCCGAAAUGUCGGACCAAUCCGACGUCGGAUCCCAAUCGGGUGGAGAGAACUCGGAAGAGGAUGAAAAGAAGGGUAAAGUCAGAUUACCUGGGGAAUACAUCGGGAGGGGGAACCGAGGGAAGGGGGUGAGGGGGGAGAAGAGGGCGGUGAGGUUGGUCGAGUUGGGCCCGAGGAUGGAGUUGGGCCUCUUCAAGAUUGAGGAAGGCGUGGGCGAGGGCGAGGUCAUGUUCCAUGAGAUGGGUCAGUUCGGUCUUUCUUUAUGGCCUACGCUUCUGCCGCUACUCUUGAGUUCCUUAGACCUGAUCAAAUCGCCUGGACGCCCUCUACACAGUACACAAAUCCGUGACUGAAGCUGCGCAACUGGCCAAAGUCCAUGCCGCACGUCGCAAGCUCGCCGCCGAACGCCGAGCACAACAACAAGCCAACGUUGAAGCCAAAAAGGCCGCCAAGAAGGCCGAAAAGGAGAGCAAGAACGGGGGGGUCAAAUUCAGCGAAGACACCAAAGAAGGCGAAGACGGCGACGAGGACGACGACGAGGAGGAUGACGACGAGGAUGCGAUCGAUUCGGACAUCGAGUUUGAUUAUGAGAAGGAGCACGGUCUACCUGCACCUAGUGAUGAGGAAUUGUUGGGCUCUGACACGGAAGAUGAGGAAGAUGAAGUGGAGGGGGAGGAGCAAGCCCUUGAUUCGGACGCCGAGGACUCGUUCUCGGACCAAGAGGAAUCGUUCGUCGAUCCGAAUGGACAGGACUCUGAGAUGGACGAGGACGAGGACGAGGAGGAUGACGAAGAAGAGGAAGAGGAAGAUGACGAUGACUCCGACACGGACCCGAUACCUAUCUCUCAAGUGGACUUUAUCGACCAUCCGCCACCUCUGGCCAAGUUGACGAAACGAUCCAACGCCCCAUCUUCGAGCGCGACCUCGUUCAAGCAAAAGGGCUUCAAGAAGAUUGAUCGGGGACCGGCACCGGCUGCUGUGGGCAUUGCCAAGCCUCGUGGACCGACCAAGAAGGAAUUGAAGCGAACUGCCGAGUUGGACAAGAAGAACGGCGGGACGGGCAAGAGGGCGAGAUACGAGGAUGAUCACGGUGGAGAGGACGAGGGACCGAGAUUUGGAGCAGGCCGAGGUCGAGGUGGGCGAGGAGGUGGUGGCGGAAGGGGGAGAGGCGAGAGUAGGGGGCGGGGUGGACGAGGUGGAGGGAGGGGUGCGUCUCGAGGAUCUUCGAGGGGACGGUAG